AUGGAACAACGUCAGGAUGCUGAGGAAUGUGGCGCCCGCCAUGAUGAACUCCGGGAUGCGACGACGUCAACUAAGGCUUCUAACGAGGACGAUGGACGGAGUGUGACAAUUAAACACCGCUCUUCGGUAAGUGAAUUAAAGAACGGGAAAGAAAACGUCGUAAAUGGUGUUCAGUCUAAAUUGAAUUUACUUGAAAAUCAGCUCGAACAUUUCAAGGCUGAGAAUAAAGAGCAGACAAAGAGGGAAACGAGUAACGAGAAUGAACUGCUAAGCAAACAAAGGGAAAUCGAGGAGCUGCGAAUUUCGCUGGCAAAGAAAGACACUCAGGCUGAAAGAUACAGACAUGAUAUUGAGGAGCUGAAGAAAAGGGGAAAAUCGGACGAUGGACAAAAGCUGCUCAAGUUACCGAGCCUAGCUAAAGGAGUUUACCCUUCUCUCAAACGAGGAAUACGCAAAUUCCGUGGGGGAAGAGCGGAAAAGCCCAGUGAGUGUGAGAGAGUUGAAAAAGAUUGUACAGUGAAGGAUCGUCAAAUACAGCAACUAGAAAAACGGAUACAAAUUCUUGAAGAUAAUGAGGAGAGAAAAAGUAAGGAUUUGACGGAACUCCGGGGAAAAUACGCAGAAAAACAACGUGAAAACGAGAAACUUGCUGAAGAAUUGAAGGAAAAGAGAGGAGAAAUUAAAAAAAUGAGAAAAAAGGCCCGUAAAUAUGACAGACUUGAAAAACAGUGUUCAGAGAAGGAUCGCCAGAGACAGGAGCAAGAAAGGUUAAUAGAAGGCCUCACAGAUGAAAAGCUCAAACUGAGUAAGGAUUUGCAGGAAAUGAUCAAUAACUAUAAUGAAAAGGAAUCGGAAAAUGUGAGGCUGCGCAAGAAUAUAAUGCAAGUCAAAAAUGAUCUGAGGAGAAAGACCAGCCAAUGUGAAAGGCUUGAAAGAGACUGCUCAGAGAAGGACCAUCUUAUAAAGGAGAAAGAAAUAUUGAUACAAAUCCUCGCUGAUGAAAAGGAAGAAGUCAAUAAUGGUCUGAGGAGAAAGACCAGUCAAUAUGAAAAGCUUGUAAAAGACUGCUCAGAGAAGGACCAUCUUAUAAAGGAGAAGGAAAGAUUAAUACAAAUCCUCGCUGAUGAAAAGGAAGAGGUCAACAAUGGUCUGAGGAGAAAGACCAGUCAAUAUGAAAAGCUUGUGAAAGACUGCUCAGAGAAGGACCAUCUUAUAAAGGAGAAAGAAAGAAUGAUACAAAUCCUCGCCGAUGAAAAGGAAGAGGUCAACAAUGGUCUGAGGAGAAAGACCAGUCAAUAUGAAAAGCUUGUAAAAGACUGCUCAGAGAAGGACCAUCUUAUAAAGGAGAAAGAAAGAAUGAUACAAAUCCUCGCCGAUGAAAAGGAAGAAGUCAACAAUGGUCUGAGGAGAGAGACCUGUCAAUGUGAAAGGCUUGUAAAAGACUGCUCAGAGAAGGACCAUCUUAUAAAGGAGCAAGAAAGAUUAAUACAAAUUCUUGCUGAUGAAAAGGAAGAAAUUGGUAAGGAUUUGGAAAAGAUGAAAGUGAAAUACAACAGAAAAGGGGAUGAAGGUAAUGAAGGAAAGAGCAAGGCAAUACGUGGUGGCAUAUUUGCAUACAUGGAUAACAGGAUCGGUGACGCUGUGACCAUUUUUGACGAGGCCCUGUCCACAGGUACGAGCUCGGAAAUGGAAGCAGCUCUUCUGUAUGUCUUCAGGGCCACCGCAAAGUCUGCAGCUGAAAAGCCUGAUAACUUGGCUAUUAUUAUGGACUGUUGUAUGGCCAUCGAAAAGGGACUUAAGGGAUGGAAAGUAUAUCAGUUACGAGGGCAGCACCUUAUGGAUGAGGGCCUUUAUUCAAUAGCUGUGCAAGAUUUUGAAAUGGUUAACAGGCUUUUACCAUCUGAGGAAACUAGGCGAAAUCUAAAUAUUGCCAAGGAAAAGCUAGCGAAGUGGGUGAAACUGAGCCAUUAUGAGGUUUUGGGUGUCAAACAGACUGACACAAAGGCCGAUAUCCUAAGAGCCUUUAGAAACUUGUCCAUGUUAUACCACCCAGACAGGCACAGAGACAAGCCUGAAAUAUUACAAGAAGCUUUCCAGGAGAAAUUUAAACGAAUUACAGAAGCUAAAACUGUUCUUACAGAUGAAGUAAAGCGAAGGUCAUAUGAUAGAAAUCAUCGGCAGAAAAUGAAUAAUGUUGACCCAAUGUCAAAAGCUCGGCAACAAAGGCAGAGGCAUCCUCAAUUUCACCGUCAGCAGCAGCCGCAUCAAUUUCAUCAUCAGCAGAAUCAGCAUCAAUCUCAUCGUACGAGGCAGCCGCAUCAAUUUCAACGUCAGCAGCACUACUGGUUCAGUAGUUUUGAUUUCGAUGAUAUAAUGAACGGAUUUUUCAGGUUUUGGUAA